AUGGCUUUCAAAUUCAUCGCUCUCCUCUCAACCAUCGCCCUUGCUAACGCCGGUCUCUUGCAAGAGCCUGCAGUUGCAGUCCAAUAUUCUCAUGGAGAUUAUUCGCAUGGUGUCCAGAGCCAAGACAUCCUCCGCACCCAUGGAGGUACUGUCUCGCAAAUUUCGAAGCAGGUAGUUUCACCUCACUCUCAUGUCACAAAGAGCGUGAAAACCGUAACAAAUGACGGAUAUAAGACUUUGAGCUAUGCCGCCCCAUCUUACCAUCAUUAUGAACCUCAACAAGUUCAUUAUGCCGCAGCUCCCCAAGUUCAAUAUGCCGCAGCUCCUCAAGUUCACUAUGCUGCCGCUCCCCAAGUCCACUAUGCCGCUCCUCAAGUUCACUAUGCCCACCAAGAACCCACAUACGUUAAAUCUUACCAACCAGCCACCACCGUUGUCAAGUCUUAUCAACCAGCUGCCACUGUUGUCAAAUCUUACCAACCCGCAGCCACUGUCGUAAAAUCUUAUCAACCAGAAGCUUAUUAUGCCGCCAAGCCCGUUGUUCAUGCCCAACCACUUUUGAAGAGCUACGAAACUGCCUACCAUCAACCAGCUGCUGUCCAAUAUACCCAAGCUGCUCCCGUUGUCAAAACUGUCCAACCUGUUUUGGAAUCUCACUCCACAAAGACAGUUUCAUACAGCCCAGCCAGCGCUGUUUCCCACUUCUCAUACGAAAGCCCAAUCGCCCACUAUGCCUGGUAA